AUGCGUCUAUCUGUGGUGGUCGGGGUAUUUUCCACUCUUACUCUCGCCUUGGCGAGGAACAAUCACCGGGAUCAUCAACAUUACAACACAUUCAAGCGAUCCUCAGACGAUGCUUCAUCAGGUGCCAGUACCACCGAGUAUGAUUAUGUUGUCGUGGGAUCUGGCCCUGGAGGCGGUCCCUUAGCAGCUCGGCUGGCUAUCGCUGGAUAUAAAGUUCUCCUUCUAGAUGCAGGAGAUGAUCAAGGCAAUGCCACUCAUCAACAGGUUCCAGCAUUGCAGCUUCAGUCAACCGAAUUCGAGCCUAUGAAGUGGGAUUACUUUGUAAACCACUACUCAAACCUUACACGCCAAGAAGAAGAUUCCAAAAUGACUUACAGGGCGCCCUCUGGAGAACUUCAUGUGGGCAAAAACCCACCAGCUGGCUCUGAGCCUUUGGGUAUCUUAUACCCUCGGGCAGGUACUUUGGGAGGAUGCUCCGCCCAUAAUGCAAUGAUCACUAUCUAUCCGUACGAAAACGACUGGGAGCAUCUGGCUGCCCUCACCGGAAAUGAUUCAUGGUCCGCUGCCAAUAUGCGUCAAUAUUUCGAAAGACUGGAGCGCAAUCGAUAUCUUCCCAGCAGUCUUGUAGGCCAUGGGUUUGAUGGAUGGCUCACAACAAGCCUGACGGAUUUGCGCCUCGUUAUUGAAGAUCAAAAGCUUCUUUCCCUGAUCCUCGCUGGUGCAACAGCAGCGGGUCAGUCUUUGCUGGGGAAAUUGAUCACAACUGUGACCGGUCUCGCAGAGGUUUUGUUGCGAGAUCUGAAUAAUCCUUCACCGACGCGCGAUUAUGAAACGGGACCAUAUCAAGUACCUCUUGCCGUUGAUGUUCCAGAGUAUAAGAGAACAGGACCUCGGGACUUCCUUAUGACAACAAUCAAUGCUGUUAAUUCAGAUGGCUCGCGCAAGUACCAUCUGGAUCUCCAAUUGAACACCCUGGUUACCAAUGUUCGAUUUGACACCACUGGAGCCGUUCCACGUGCAACCGGCGUUGACUACCUUCGGGGACAAAGUCUUUAUCGUGCUGAUCCUCGAGCCUCUCGGACUUCGUCUUCCAAUGGGACACCGGGGAGUGUGAACGCUGCACGUGAAGUAAUUUUAUCUGCCGGAUCGUUCAAUACUCCUCAGUUAUUGAAGCUGAGUGGUAUUGGCCCCAAGGAGGAGUUGUCCAAGUUCAAUAUCACAACCCUUGUUGACUUGCCUGGCGUGGGUUCUAAUCUUCAGGAUCGAUAUGAGACGGGAUUAGUUGGCAAAUCUCCUACUGAUUUCGUACUCACCUCCAAAUGUACUUUCAUGUACACCCUCCCAGACCCUUGUCUAGAGCAAUGGGAGAACGACCCGUUGUUUAGAGGCACAUAUGGCACCAACGGGAUUGCCAUCGCCAUCAUUCGCAAAUCCUCGACUGCAGAGGAUGAACCUGACCUCUUGAUCUCGGGAGCGCCUGCAAACUUUCCCGGCUAUUAUCCAAACUACUCAUACGAGGGCCUGAAAGAUGCUCAGCACUGGACCUGGAUUACACUGAAGUCACGGAGCCGUAAUAAUGCUGGCACAGUCGAGCUGCGAUCUACAGAUCCUCGUGAUAUGCCUAUCAUCAACUUCAAUUCUUUCGAUACUGGUGUGACCACAGAUGAUGCCGACGAGAAAGAUCUGCAGGCAGUUUAUGAGGCCAUGGAAUUCUCGCGGACUAUCUUCGAUGAUCUUAUUCCCCUAGAUGGGGGUUUCGAGGAGGUCUGGCCUGGCCCCAACGUCACCACAGAAAGUGAGCUGAAAGACUUCAUCAAGAGAGAGGCCUGGGGACACCAUGCCUGUUGUACUGCUCCUAUCGGAGAAGACGGAGACUCUAAGGCCGUGCUGGAUUCCGACUUCCGUGUCCGUGGCGUCGAAGGUCUUCGUGUCGUUGAUGCAUCGGUCUUUCCAAAAAUUCCCGGUUACUACAUCGCCCUACCAAUCUACAUGAUAAGCGAGAAGGCUGCUGAGGUGAUCAUUGCUGAUGCUGCAUAA